GUAUAAAACUGAGAACCUUGUCAACUCCAGGACUCAGUUUGGUGGGAUUACUCGUUGUGAAGAGAUAGUUAAAAUAAUUUGUGAUAAUUUUCAUAAAAAUGAAGUUCUUCUUAGCAGCGGGGCUACUACUUUGUGUCGGCGUUGGGAUUGGAGAGUCGACGAAAGUGAAGGGAACGUGUCCUCCUCGGAAAGGAAGUGGGAUUGGGAUUUGUGUCUUUAACCCGGAAAUUAACUGCACGGGGGACGACCAGUGUGAGUCGAAGGGGCAGCUGUGUUGUCCGGAUGGGUGUAACCGAUCCUGCCAAGAUCCCGAUGAGGGAGAGGACCCCCAAUUAAACUGCCCACUCACAGGAAUCAAUCCUGCAGAAUUUGCAGGAAUUUGUACAUUCGACCCCAAAGUUAAUUGCAACGAGAACACGGAUUGCUCAAACGGAGAAGUCUGUUGCCCACAAGGAUGCAACAAAAUCUGCAAGCAACCGUUAUCCUUUCCGCCACGAAAACCCACGCCACGUCCGCCAACCCCUCCCUCUGGGGAUGACGACUCUUGCCCCCCACCUUCAGCGACCUUCGGCGCAUGCGUGUUCGACCCCUCCGUGAACUGCGUUGACUCCUCGGGCUGUCUGAAUGGGAAGAUUUGUUGCGCGGAUGGGUGUGGAAAAGUGUGUAAGGACCCCGUCGGACCGAAAAAGCCGCCCGCAGGGGUCUGCCCCGUAUCGCUGAGUGGGGAUGGCGCCAUCGUCGGCGCAUGCGUGUACGACCCCUCUAGAAAUUGUGGGGAUCAUGGCGACUGUAAAAAUGGAAAGCUUUGUUGCUCCGUCGGCUGUGGGAAGGAGUGUAUCAACCCCGAACCGGAAGUUGUACAUCCGGCGACAAAGCCGUAGAUUUUGGUGGGCCAAAAUGACUUACAAAUGAGUAUGAAAUGUGACCGGGGUUAAAUUAAGGUGGGAAUUGGUAAUUAAAUUGGUAGGUAGAUUGUCGAUUAAAUUGUUAAUUAAUUGAAUCUUGAUAAUUAAAUGGUUAUUUAAAUUUUGGAAUUAAAUUGAUAAUUAAAUGAGAGAAUUUCAAGAUGAAAUGUGAUUAGAUUUAAAUUCAGGUGCGAAUUUCUAAUUUAAAUCAUAAAUUUGGAUAAACAUUGAUAGAAUUGGCGAUAAAUUUGGUAAUCAAAUUUUUGUAAUUCAAUUUAUACUUAUCAGAUAGCUUGUCUAUUCAGUGUUAUAUCUUUAAAUUUUACAAAUGGAUUUAUUAAAGGUAAAAAGUGUGAAAUAAAAUUUGUCAUAUUUUUGUGCAAUUAUUAAUACGC